GGUUAUCAUUCUGACGACGUGAUACAACUGUAUUAACGCUGCUUGAAACAAAUAUACUGUUUUCAUAGAACCUUCAAUAUGUUCAUUGCAAACACACUACUGCGCACACUUUCAACAUUGUGAUCAGUCCUUAUGCAUAGAUAUAUCAUGGCUUUUAUUCAAAUAAGUGAUGCGUGUGGCCUGUUGUUACACGUUAUUCAUUCGACACCCGUUUAGUGUAUGUGUCCCUUCAUGCCCCGUAACUCACAAUCUUUCAGCUUGCCGUGCAUGACCGUACCUGUUGUCCAUGACGAUUUGUGUAUUGCAGACGUAUUAUCAAAACUUUUGCCGGAUCUGAAAAGCAUUCUAUGAAUAUGGAAACCAAUGUUGAGAUUUCGGAAGAAAGCGAGCCAUCCAAACAACGUAUAACAUGGAGCAACACACUUGAAUGUGUUGCCUCAAUGAUCGGGUACUCAGCAGGAAUGUCCGAUUUCUGGAGAUUUCCUUACCUUGUGUGGAGAAACGGAGGUGGUGCAUUUCUACUAGCAUACGGGAUGACUCUGGUUGCUUGUGGUAUACCGCUGUAUUUUCUUGAAGUCGUCAUUGGUCAAUAUUCCGGAAAAGGACUUUUUUCCAUAUGGGGAUUCUUUCCACUGCUCCGAGGUAUUGGAAUUUCCAUCGCUCUACUGAAUCUAUGUUUUGUCAGCUAUAUAUCUACAAUGCGUUUCUGGCUACUAGAGUAUUUGAGACAGUCAUUCACGUCCGAACUUCCCUGGACCUCAUGCGGGAACGCAUGGAACACCAAUGCAUGCUUAACGUCGCUUGCAUUAUUUUCUUCGAGUGUCAAUGGAAGUUUACAGAAUACCACAGCACACACUACUGGUUACAUAAAUUUUACUGCAGCAGAGUCGGCGGAGGAAGAAUUCUUGAAAUACAAUAUUUUAUCACUGUCGAGUGGUAUAGACGAGGUGGGGUAUCUGCGGUGGACGCUCGUGUUAUGGGCAAUUCUUCUGAAAGUUAUUAUCGUUAUCAGUCUUUUGAAGAGCGUCAAGACCGUUGGAAAGCUGAUGCUUGUUACAACAUUUCUUCCCCUCCUCAUCGGAUUGGCGAUGCUGAUUCAAACGUUUAGUUAUGAAGGCGUCCAAGAUGGUAUACUGUUCCUCAUUACACCAGAUUUUACCAAACUUGCAGACUCCAGGGUAUGGAUAGAAGCAGUAUUCAUGGCCUUCUACAGUCUUGGCCCAGGGUGGGGCGGCGUCAUGAUGAUGGGAAGUCAUAUGAAAUUCCACAAUAAAUGUCUGAGAACUGUGAUGUUAAGCAUAUGCGGAGAUGUAUUUUUUGCGGUCUUCAACAGCUUUGUCUUAUUUGCUGUCCUUGGCGUGAUGGCUAACGCGAUUGGUGUCCCGUUCGAGGACGUUGUACAAUCUGGAAUGUCUAUCGGCCUUGUCGGCUACAGCCGGGCAUUGUCCUACCUUCCCGCGCCUUAUGUCUGGGCGGUGGUAUUCUUCUUUGCUGUUCUUAUUGUAGAUCUUGAUGCGGAGGUUGUGUGCACUGAGACGGUCGUGUCAUUCCUGGAAGGAUUCGGUGAUAAAUUAGGCCGACACAGUCAUCUGCUGUUCGUUGUGCUGACCAGUCUCGUCACGCUCCUCCUUAACCUCCCUUUCUGUACACAGGCGGGACAUUACAUGUUCCAGCUAGUAGAUUGGUAUCUACCUACAUGGUCGGUGGUAGUGAUAGCCUUAUUAGAGGUUAUCGCCAUCAUGUGGUUGUAUGGAGGCGAUCGCGUCGACUUAGGUGUUAAAGACAUGACUGGACGAAAAAUGCCUCACGUGUUCCGAAUUGCCGCAUCUUAUAUCACACCUGUCCUACUUAUGCUGCUGCUCCUGAUUAGCUUUGUCAAGUAUCGGCCACCGAAGUACGGCUCGUACGAAUACCCGGAGUACACACUUAUGAUUGGCUGGGUGAUAUCGUGCUCUGUUAUCAUUCCGAUACCACUUUAUAUGGUCUUCAAGUUCAUCAAGCUGCAUGGACCACUUAGGGAGAAAUGGAUAACCCUGACAGAGCCGAGUUUUGACUGGGGUCCUAGUGACCGUGCCCAUCGACUACAGUAUCUCCAGCGGUUACAAACCGAACGUUCCUGGCUAGACAUUGGGUAUUACAAUCUAACUGGUAGACAGCGUUUCCCUUCUAAAAGACAAUGUGAAGCUCUGGCACUGAAUUGAAUUGACUUAACAUUAAUUGCACACGCGCUCCAAAUAUGCUUAUCUUAAUCCGAAACAUGUUCUCUUAAACUAUAUUAUCAUCAUUUAUAGGUAUAAUCGUAUAUAGUCAUUUCAAUAUUGCAUUUAUCUACAAUUGUCACAAGUGGAUUGAAUUGACUUAACAUUAAUUGCACACGCGCUCCAAAUAUGCUUAUCUUAAUCCGAAACAUGUUCUCUUAAACUAUAUUAUCAUCAUUUAUAGGUAUAAUCGUAUAUAAUCAUUUCAAUAUUGCAUUUAUCUACAAUUGUCACAAGUGGUGUUCAGACAUUCAUGACAAAAUGCCAGUUGCCUAGUAUGACACCAACCACAAUAGAAUAAGAGAGUAAGAAAAAAAUAUGCAUUGUUUAGAAACCCUGACAAAAAAUGCCAUCAUUAAUUAAAAAUAAAUGGUUUUUUGUUUUGUUUUUUUUCUUAAAAUACCAUCAUGUGGUUUGAUUUUUGGUUUAUAUUGGGUAUAUCUAAUGUUAUUUUAACAUAAUUUGCUAUUCAAUUGAAUACCUCGAACAUCCAAUUAGGAAAAUUUGUAGGUAAAUUUGAUAACACUUGAUGCAUACAUUUACCAAGACUUCAAGAUUUUUAAAUCGCUCAGGACACACAAAGUGAGUAACAAGAGGUUAAUAUGAAAAAACAAUGUACAUGGCUUACAAGGUAAUAACAUGAAAAUAUGAAUGUGCAUGUAUAUACUAACGUAUUUAUAAGCAAUGUUAUUUCACAGUCAAUAUACGUAUUAAUAUAAUAAAAACAAUACAACAUGAAA